GAUUUGUAUAUGUAUAUCAUGGUAGAUUUGCUGACAGUACUGUCCAUUCACCUUAACGACAGAACCAAACUGGAGAAAUAUAAAGCUUACUGGUUGAUACUAGUUAUACUAGGUAGUAAUUUUGCGACGACAUUGCAAGAUGGCAUAAAUAACGUGUUUGUGCCUGAGAAUGGAACUGCCAAACUCCAAUGGUCACUGUUUAUUGGGGAGAAUGCAGGCAGGUCGUCUGUAAACGUCAUGAUAAAAAAGAACGAUGCUCUACUUUGUCAGUGGGUCAAGGCACACGGCGAGGUAAACCAAUGCGAUCCAGGAAUGAAAUUAACAAUCAACCCAGAGCAAGUUCAAGUACCAGGUCCAACCAACAUUAAUGUUACGUUUUCGUUCAGGAACAAGGGACGUUCGGAUGAUGGCAUGUACGAGUGUCGUUUUGUGAUUGACGAAAAAUGGCAUGAGAUGCAAGUGUAUCAAAGACAUUUAGUGUCAACGGGAAAUAGAUAUUCCACCUAGACCAUACUGACUCACUGGGUGCCUCAAGUAGUUAUCAAAAAAACGCCAAAGUUUCUGAUGACAGGUACAAGAGGAGGCAAAACGACACAAAAAGCAGAUGUACACGGAAGCAAAAAUACCCCUCGAUCUCUGCAGUCAAGUCACAGUGGACCUUCAAGAACCUGCUGGAAGGUCGGACCUGAACUUCAGAAAACUAUAAUCCAGUGCCAGACAGAAGUUACCGGGACUUGAAUUUUAUAUGAAGCAACAAAUACAGAAGUUAACACACACUUUUACUGGACUCCAUUAAUUUGUUCGUUUAAUGAUUGUCAUCCACCAAAGUUUGUCAAGCAAUGCCAUUCGUUUUAAAUUCCAAAUAUUUAUCAUGACCUUGUAAAAACUGAGACGAAAUCUGUCACGGCAGGCUAAUGCAUACAAAUUUAGUGUCCAUUGCAACUGCUUCGAGAUAUUUACUCGUAAUAGUUAUCAGUGGCAUAUUUGUGCACUUCAAAC